CUUAUACAACCGCCAAUCUCAUUCUCUCUGCCGUUUCUGCCACUACUACCGACCGCCAUGGCUGCUUCCGAUGACUACACAGACACCAUGAACUUAAAAAUCGCAGAGCUAAUGAAGGAAGUCCAGCUCGAUUACUCUUCUACAACUACUAAAACCAUCAACGACGCCAUUUCCUCUAUCAAAAAACGCAUCAAUAAAAUCCCUGAAGAUAUACAGGUUAAGGCCGAUUUGGCUCCGAAAUUUAUUAAAGAUAUUGGUGCAGACAAGGUCGAAUUCAAGUUCAAAAGGCCUACAUCGAUUAAUGUUGGUGGAAGCUAUUCGAUUCAAUGUAUCGUGAAGCCUGAUGUAAAUGUUGAUCUUUACAUACGGUUGCCGAAGGAGUGCUUUCAUGAGAAAGACUUCUUGAAUCAUCGGUACCAUGGCAAAAGAUACCUGUAUCUUUGCAUAAUCAAGAAGUAUUUGGAAUCUUCUUCCAUAGCUCAAAAAGUAGAAUGGGCCUUCUUUCAAAAUGAAGCCAGAAAACCUAUUCUUGUUGUCUAUCCUGUUGUGAAGUCUACUGGAGUUCCAGGGUUUUCUGUAAGGUUGAUUCCAACAGCUGAAUCCCUUUUUAAUGUCCAAAAGUUAAACAUAGAGCGCAACAAUCUUCAUGUUUUGAGCCAAGGUGAUUCUGAAGCUACUCCUGUGUACAACAACAGUAUAUUAGAGGACAUGUUUAUAGAACAUGGUGCAGAAUUUGUCAGCAAGGCUUUCAAUGGAUGGAAAGCUUUAGGAGAGGCUAUAGUUUUACUAAAAGUGUGGGCCCGACAGAGAAGUUCUCUACACGCUUAUGACUCCUUAAAUGGCUACCUUAUCUCAAUCUUAGUAGCAUACCUUGCCUCAGAAUCUGGUAAAUUUCGCAUUAACAAAGCAAUGACAACAAUGCAGAUCUUUCGUAUCACAUUGGACUUUAUGGCCACCUCUAAGUUAUGGGGCACUGGGAUUUUCUUCAAGCCUCAAGGAGGAGAUGAUAUGUCAAAGGAGGAAAGGAAGAGAUAUGUACAGUAUUUUCCUGCAGUUAUAUGUGAUUUAUCAGCUCAUUUCAAUCUAGCAUACCGCAUGACAAAGAGUGGUUUGAUUGAGCUUCAAGAGGAGGCUGCUUUGGCACUCAAAUGUAUUGAUAAAUGCAAAGAAGGGGGAUUUGUUGAGCUAUUUAUGACCAAGAUUGACUUUCCUGCUAAAUUUGACUAUUGCAUGAGAUUGAACUUAAAGGGGAAGGCUGAAGUAUCUACACAAGGGUUCUGUUUAGAUAAUGAAUCUUGGAGAUUGUAUGAGAGCAAGCUUCAUUCUUUGCUUGUAGAAGGCUUAGGAGAAAGAGCAAAGUUUAUACGUGUGACCUGGCGAAAUACAUCAUCAACACACAAUAUGAAUGAUGGUUUGUCAGUGCUUGAUAAAGAGCCGUUAAUAGUUGGAAUUUCUGUAAGCCUGCCAGAAGCCUUUGAUGAGUAUACACGUGGGCCCUUUUUUGGGAACAAAGAAGAGGCUUUGAAGUUCAGAAAGUUUUGGGGAGACAAAGCAGAGUUGUAUCAAUUUAAAAGUGGCACCAGGGAAUGUGUUUUGUGGAAAUGCAAGCCAUCAAAGAGAUAUCAUAUUAUAAAAUGGGUUACUGAGUAUGUGCUUAAUCGACACCUGUCAUUGACACAAGAAAACAUUUCACAUGCUGUUGACCAACUUGACUUUUCAUUGGUUCAUGAUGAUGGAGAUUUAGCUUCAGAUGGAAGUUUGAAUGAAAGCUUUGGAACUCUGUCUAAACGUUUACGCCUUUUAAGUGAUGUUCCUUUGUCAAUCACCAGUGUGCAGCCUCUAGACUCAGCUUUUAGACAUACAUCUGUUUUUCCUCCAAGACCUCAUCCUGUAGCAAAUGGAACAAAAGUUGGAAAUAAAAUCAUAUCAACAUGUAUACCAUCUCUUGAAGUUAUGAUUCAGUUGGAAGGUUCAGGAAACUGGCCAAUGGAUGAUGUGGCAAUUGAGAAAACAAAAUCUGCUUUCUUGUUAAGAAUUGGAGAAUGUCUUGAGAAGGAUUAUGGAAUGAAAUAUUCUCCAUAUGAAGAAGGUGUUGAUGUUUUCUUGUCUGGAUACGUUUUUCGUUUGAAGAUUUUGCAUGAGAGAGGACUCGAUUUGUUAAAUGGACAAUCUGAAAGUUAUCAAGUAAAGAGAGUUUCAUCAAUUGACAAACAUCUUUUUCUUAGAAGUCAACAUUCUAGCAUGAUUAAUGGUCUUUCAGGUCGAUAUCCUUUAUAUGGACCAGUUGUUCAGUUAGCAAAAAGAUGGGUUUCUGCACAUUUAUUUUCAGCUUCUUUCAUGGAGGAAGCAAUUGAGCUUGUAGUUGCAUCAAUUUUUCAAAACUCAUUACCAUUUUCAGCUCCUUGUUCACGAAUUUCUGGAUUCAUGAGGUUUUUGAGACUUUUAUCUGAUCAUGAUUGGAUGUUCACUCCUUUGAUUGUUGAUAUAAAUGAGGAUAUGACUCCAGAUGAUGAAAAAGAGAUCAAUGAAAAGUUUUUGUUAAGUAGAAAAGCUUAUGAAGAAGGGACUGGAAGUGUAACAUCUGCCAUGUAUUUAGCCACUGCUUAUGAUAAAGCAUCUGAAACAUGGACCACUUUGUCUCCAACUGUAUCAGAGGUGAAAAGGUUGGGAGUUUAUGCAAGAAGUAGUUCAAACUUGCUGACUAAACUAAUUAUGCAAGAUCAAGUGGAUUCUUAUGGAUGGGAGUGUAUAUUUAGAACUCCAUUGAACAACUAUGAUGCAGUGAUUCUUGUACAUAGAGAAAAACUGUCUUACCCUGAACGCCUUCUCUUCCCAUCUGAACUUAAUCAUGGGAAGCUUGUGGCGCAAGGAAAAGCAAGCAACUCUUUUCAGCCUCUUUUAUUGACCACCAGUAAGACAAAGGAUCCUCAAGAUCAGUUAUACAUCAACUUUGAUCCCUUAAUGUGUUAUAUCAAACACUUGGAGAGUGCUUUUCCAGACAAGUUUAAGUUGUGGUAUGAUUCAUUAGGUGGUGAUGCAAUUGGGCUCACUUGGGAAAAAGAGAGCUCAAAGAAGAGGAGACGAGAAGAUGAUGGGGAUGUAAAGAAGAGCGUGAGGGAUACUUUGAAAGAUGUUGGUGAAGUUGGAAAAGGAUUUGUGAAGAGUGUUUAUUUGCUAAAAGAACCAACAAGGUAAUAAGGAGAUUGAAGGAGGAUACAUUUAUUUACCACCGAGUUAAUGUUGUAGACUUGUAGUAGUAGUAGUACCCCGAUUUUGAAAUAUUGAAGGGGGUGAGUUUGACUAUAAUUUAUUGAUUAUAUGUAAAAAAAUUGGUGUUUUUGGAAAUUUUACUUGAGAGGUUUUUACAA